CUGCCAGUUGACUACAAACCCCUCCCGACGGACAGAAAUUUCCUUUUCAACUCCAAGCAUUCUGCAGUCGUCAACGCCUUGAUCGACGCUAAAACCCCUAAAUUAGUCCGAGUCGUCAACCCUUCCAGAGGAACAAUGACGAUUCCGAAGCAUUUCCACGUCGGAGAGAUCAACGAGAACACCAACAGCGGUUACUUCGCAACCACCUGGGGAAAAGCGAUGAAGGUUUUGACGGCAGCUAUAGUGGCUGCGUCAUUGUUUAGCCCAGCAGCUGCCUCCGCAGCGGCUGUGACAAGCGUCCAGCCGCUUGUUAACUCUGCAUUUCAUGCUCUCAACUCUGGUUUUCCAAUUAUGGACUCCGUACCAACCGUCGGCGUUAACAUGACUGACAUCUGCUUUCACGCGCCGCCCGUUUCUUCGAAAUUCGAAAUGACUGACCUGAUUCGUGGCCUAGCCACGGGAAACAUCUCCCUCGACACUCCUCCAUACCUCCCCAACUCAGCGAACAUCACACCCUCUGGCAUUACAGGCAUACCUAUUAGCGACUUUGUCUAUAACAUCAUCGAGCCUACCACCGCCCCUAUCCCCGUCGAACAGCCCAGCGUCCCCGUUGAGCCAGACCCCGAUAAAGCCGAAUCACUACCUCCAAGCAUAGAAAAACACUCUACAUUGGGUCUGAAGAUGUCAGACGAUCUGCCAGAAAUGAUCAUAGAAGAGAGGGUCAGAAUACAUGACGCGGACAAGGCAUGGGAAAAGGAGCUGAAGAAAGUCGUCAAAGAGUUUCCUAAACUC